AGGCCUGACUUUCUUCAAUAAAACAUUGUGUACUCUGGGCCUCCCGCUGCCCCUGCUCUGUUUCCCUUGGUGCCAGUAGAAGAAGGCGGAAAUGAACCCAAGCCCAGAUCUGGCUCCCUGAGGCUAGGGCUCUUCCCAGCAAUAGCAAUCACUGGCCACCCCCAUUGGCCAGGCUGUCCCUCCCACAAGCCCUGGGCCCCUCCCACCCACAUACCAGAUAAGGCCUGCCCAGCACUGCCUCAUCUGGCAGUAGGCACUGGGCUGGAAUGGGGCCGCCCGUCUCCCCAUGGCAGUGGGUACUGCUGCUGCUGGGGCUGCUGCUCCCCCCUGCCACCCCCUUCUGGCUCCUCAAUGUGCUCUUCCCCCCGCACACCACGCCCAAGGCUGAGCUCAGUAACCACACUCGGCCCGUCAUCCUCGUGCCUGGCUGCCUGGGGAAUCAGCUUGAAGCCAAGCUGGAUAAACCGGAUGUGGUGAAUUGGAUGUGCUACCGCAAGACGGAGGACUUCUUUACCAUCUGGCUGGAUCUCAAUAUGUUUCUACCCCUUGGAGUGGACUGCUGGAUUGAUAACACCAGGGUUGUCUACAACCGCAGCUCUGGACGUGUAUCCAAUGCCCCUGGUGUACAGAUCCGUGUCCCUGGCUUUGGCAAGACCUACUCUGUUGAGUACCUGGACAGCAACAAGCUAGCAGGUUAUAUGCAUACACUGGUACAGAAUCUGGUCAACAACGGGUACGUGCGGGAUGAGACAGUGCGGGCUGCCCCCUAUGACUGGCGGCUGGAGCCCAGCCAGCAAGAGGAGUACUACCAGAAGCUGGCUGGGCUGGUAGAAGAGAUGCACGCCGCUUACGGGAAGCCCGUCUUCCUCAUUGGGCACAGCCUUGGCUGCCUGCACUUGCUUUAUUUCUUGCUACGUCAACCUCAGUCCUGGAAAGACCGCUUCAUUGAUGGUUUCAUCUCUCUUGGGGCUCCCUGGGGUGGCUCUAUCAAGCCCAUGCUGGUCUUGGCCUCAGGUGACAACCAGGGUAUCCCACUCAUGUCCAGCAUCAAGCUGAGAGAGGAGCAGCGCAUAACAACAACUUCCCCUUGGAUGUUUCCCUCCCRCCAUGUGUGGCCUGAGGAUCAUGUAUUUAUUUCCACGCCAAGCUUCAACUACACAGGCCGUGACUUCCAACGCUUCUUUGCAGACCUGCGCUUUGAGGAAGGCUGGUACAUGUGGCUACAGUCACGUGACCUGCUAGCAGGACUCCCAGCACCUGGUGUGGAAGUAUACUGUCUGUAUGGUGUGGGCCUGCCCACGCCCCACACCUACAUCUAUGACCAUGGCUUCCCCUACACGGACCCUGUGAAUGUGCUCUAUGAGGACGGUGAUGACACAGUUGCCACACGAAGCACUGAGCUCUGUGGCCAUUGGCAGGGCCGCCAACCGCAGCCUGUACACCUGCUGCCCCUGCACGGGACACAGCACCUCAACAUGGUCUUUAGCAACCAGACACUAGAGCACAUCAAUGCCAUCCUGCUGGGUGCCUACCGCCAUGGCAACCCUGCACCCCUGACUGCCAGCCCAGAGCCCCUGCCCCCUGAAUAAAAACUUUUGCUGCUGUA